AUGGGGACGACGGCGACGGCGAGGCGGCGGCGGCUGCUGCUCCUGGCGCUGGCGCUGGCGCUCGCGGCGCACCGGGCGGCGGCGCGGUUCGUGGUGGAGAAGAACAGCCUGCGGGUCACGUCACCGGCCGCGCUCCGGGGCGUCUACGAGUGCGCCAUCGGCAACUUCGGCAUGCCGCAGUACGGCGGCACCAUGCACGGCGUCGUCGUCUACCCCAAGGCCGACGCCAAGGCCUGCAGGCCCUUCGACGACUCCGGCCUCUCCUUCAAGCCCAAGCCCGGCGGCCUGCCCGUCUUCCUGCUCGUCGAUCGCGGAGACUGCUACUUCACAACCAAGGGAUGGAAUGCACAAAAUGCUGGAGCUGCAGGAGUUCUUGUUGCCGACGACAAAGUCGAGCCUUUGAUCACAAUGGAUUCUCCAGAAUCCAGUGGCACAGAGCACAUAGAGAACAUCACAAUUCCUUCGGCACUUGUGACCAAGAGAUUUGGAGAUGACUUCAGGAAAGCACUGCAAAAUGGAGAGAUGGUGAAUGUUCUUCUGGACUGGAGGGAAUCUCUGCCCCAUCCUGAUGAGCGUGUGGAGUAUGAGUUCUGGACAAACAGCAAUGAUGAAUGCGGCGCUAAGUGUGACGUGCAAAUGAACUUCGUGAGGAGUUUCAGAGGAAUAGCGCAGGCCCUUGAGAAAAGGGGUUACACCCAGUUUACCCCUCACUAUAUCACAUGGUAUUGUCCAGAAGCCUUUAUCCUGAGCAAACAGUGCAAGUCACAAUGUAUCAAUCAUGGGAGAUAUUGCGCACCAGACCCAGAGCAGGAUUUCAGCAUUGGAUAUGACGGCAAAGAUGUUGUGGUUCAGAACCUGAUUCAAAUUUGCGUGUUCAGAGUUGCCAAUGAAACUCGCAGGCCGUGGAUGUGGUGGGAUUAUGUGCACGACUUUGCUGUUAGGUGCCCAAUGAAGGAGAAGAAAUACACACGUGAAUGUGCACAUGGUGUUAUCAAUUCACUUGGAUUGGACAUUGAGAAAAUCAACAAGUGCGUUGGAGAUCCUGACGCUGAUAAAGAAAAUCCAGUCCUCAAAGCAGAACAGGAUGCUCAAAUUGGGCAUGGUUCUCGUGGCGAUGUAACUAUACUGCCUACUCUUGUCGUCAAUAACAGACAAUACAGAGGUAAACUGGAAAAAAGAUCUGUGCUAAAAGCAGUAUGCUCGGGAUUUGAGGAGACAACUGAACCUGAUGUCUGUUUGCGCGAAGAUAUUGAGACAAAUGAAUGUUUGGAGAAUAAUGGAGGUUGCUGGUUAGACAAGGCUACCAAUGUUUCUGCGUGCAAGGAUACCUUCCGUGGUCGUGUUUGUGAGUGCCCUAUUGUCAAUGGUGUAAAGUUUAUAGGCGAUGGGUAUAGCCACUGUGAAGCUUCUGGUCUUGGUAGGUGCCAGAUCAACAAUGGGGGCUGCUGGAAUGAGACUAGGAACGGGAAGACUGUCUCUGCCUGCUCAAAUCAAGAAGCUAAAGGCUGCAAAUGCCCAUCAGGUUUCAAGGGUGAUGGAGUGAACAGUUGUGAAGAUGUCGAUGAAUGCAAAGAGAAACUUUUCUGCCAGUGCAAGGAUUGCGCUUGUGAGAACACAUGGGGAAGCUACGAGUGCAGCUGUGGUGGCAGCAAUUUGCUGUACAUCAGAGAGCAUGAUACCUGUAUCAGCAAACAGUCUAAUUCGUCCCUGGGCUGGGGCUUCCUAUGGGUGAUUUUCUUCGGCCUUGCCUUGGCUGGAGCAGGAGCAUACGCCGUGUACAAAUACAGGCUACGGGCAAGGUGUCAGGUCAGCAAGGCGGGGUGGCAAAUGUUGCCUGAAAUGAGAUGCGGGAAGGGUGAUAAUGGUCGUGAUUGGAGGAGCCGCCCUGUCCCUGCCCAUGCGCUGGACUGGAUCAGCGGCAGCGGCAGCGGCAGCGCCAGUGCUGAACCGAAGCGGCAGGCAGUGGUGGGACUUGGCUUGGGUUGGGAGUGGGCACACAGCGAGCAGCAAAGGCAAAGCAUGCCGCAGGCGCAGCACCUGAUGCGGUGGGGGAUUGGAUUGGCCGUCUACAGGCAUCCUUCUCGAACCGAGACUGCAUUAAGGGUUAUCCGGAAUCACUCAAAGACAGUAUUGGGAAAGCAAUAUUCUGCAAUUGCUAAAAAACAUUUACUUCUUUUUGAGGCUAUGCGCAAGGAGUUUCCUCAAGCAAGGUUUCUGUCAAUUGCUCAAACCCAAUUAUUGCGUGCUCAUGACGAGAUCAAGAUGUCCAUCUCAAGACUUCAGCUCAAAGAGAAAGACGAUGAACCUAGCGCUGCCAAUAUUGUAACUAGAGAGGAACUCAUACCAUAUAAUGUCCAGUUUACAAGUGAAAAAUUCAUGUCACUCUCAUCUUUAGCCCGUGUAAGAGGCCAACUCCAGAACUUAAAGAGUCCUGUUCUUGCAUGGCUCCUUUUUUAUGUAGAUCACAUCUGUGCUUUUAGGGAUUGGCGAGGGAAAGAGAUGGGUCAUAUACUUAAGCAAGCUCCUCUACUGGUUUGUCUGGUUAUUAUUGAAGCUGUCACAAGUAGAAUCUUGAGAAUCACUUCAACUGAUGGAACAUCUAAAGUUCUUGUUUUCUCAAGUUGGAAUGAUGUACUGGAUGUACUAGAGCACUCCCUCGCUGCUAACAACAUUUCAUAUGUUCGGAUGAAAGGAGGAAGAAAAUCACAGGCAGCCCUCUCCCAAUUCAAGGGUCAGGUGAGCAAUGUAAAUGUAGAUAAAGUGAAAAGGACAACCUCAAUGCAGCCUGUUCAAGUACUACUGAUGCUUAUGCAGCAUGGAACAAAUGGUAUUAAUCUACUAGAAGCACAACAUGUUAUUCUAGUGGAGCCAUUACUAAACCCUGCCGCUGAGGCACAAGCUAUCAGCAGGAUCCAUAGAGUUGGGCAAGACAAAAGCACAUUUGUUCACCGUUUUAUAGUGAAGAAAACAAUAGAAGAGAGCAUCUACAAAUUGAACAGGAGCAGAGCUGUCUGCUCUACUAUAACCUGUAAAUCCAAAAACUUCAAAGAUGAGCCUGUUUUGACGCUGAAGGAUGUGGAGUCAUUAUUCCUGAUGACAGGACCUGAUGAACCCCUAGAACAGGCAGAUCAAGAUUAUGGCGAUAGCUUGAGGAGUUUGCCUCCAUCUGUUGCAGCUGGGUUAGCUGCUGAAAGAAGGCGAAUAAUGGAGCAACAUGACAACCAGCAAUAA